AUGGCUCUGGUGGCCUCCCCCAAAAGCGAAUUCCACGUCCCACCCCCGGAUACCUUCGAAGAUCCCCCCGCCGUUGUCGUGCCAGAUGCUGGCGAUCCCUGGCCACGGCCCUACUACCUCGAGAAUGGCCUGAGGAAGGUCCGUCCAUACCACUUCACCUACAAUACGUACUGCAAAGCGAGGUGGCGCGACAGAGAAAUCCUGGACAUCUUUGCCAGCGAAUUUCGGGACCGCCCGUUGGAGUACUAUAAAAGCGCCAUUGAGUCCGGCUAUAUCACAAUCAAUGGCAAGCCAAUCCCUUCCACAAGCUCCCUCAUCCGAAACGGCGAUGUGAUCACACAUACCAUCCACCGCCAUGAAACUCCAGUCUCUGCCACACCUAUUGGCGUAGUUCACGAAGACGAUGACCUCCUUGUCAUCAAUAAACCCGCGGGCGUGCCCGUCCACCCUGCCGGCCGGUACAACUUCAACUCUAUCACCGAGAUUUUGCGCGCUGAGCGACACUACACCUUCAAUCCAUUGCCAUGUCAUAGACUAGACAGGUUGACAAGUGGCAUCAUGUUCAUUGGCAAAACUAAGGAGGCGGCGGAGCGUAUGAGUGAGCAGAUCCGGAGUCGGACCGUAAGGAAAGAAUACGUAACACGCGUUGUGGGCGAAUUCCCUGAGGGCGAGGUCGUUUGCGAUCAACCCAUCCUGCAGAUUAGCCCCAAGCUGGGCCUCAAUCGUGUCAGGGCUAACGGGAAGGAAGCGCGGACAGUUUUCAAGCGGCUGGCGUAUUACCCACCGAAGGGUGAGGAUAACGGUGUUGCUGGCGACAUUGCGGAAAAUCAGAAAACCAAAGGCAUGGCAUGGAAGAACCUCCGGGGGUACUCAAUUGUGCGGUGCAUGCCGCUCACUGGCCGAACGCACCAGCUUCGAGUCCAUUUGCAAUUCCUAGGACACCCAAUUGCAAACGACCCCAUUUAUUGCAAUCAGCGCGUCUUUGGUCCAUCUCUUGGCCGUGGCGAAGAUGUUUCGGACAACGACGACGAUAUUAUCACCCGGCUCGGGCGCAUGGGCAAAGACGAGAUAGCAGAAGCGGUAGCAUACCAUGAUGAAAUGGUCGACAAUUACGAGAAGCGCCGAGCUGAGAAGAUGUCGGGAGAGGUGUGCGAGUCCUGUCAAACGCCCCUCUACACCGAUCCUGGGGUGCAUGAAAUGGGCAUCUAUCUACACGCUAAGAGAUAUGCCUGCACAGACGGCAAAUGGGACUACGAGACUCCUCUGCCAGACUGGGCGCUACCUCCGCUUGGCAUGGACGGUCCCACAGAAGCAACGAAGGAGUCGGAUCCUCUGGCCGUCGAUUUGAAAAAGCUGGGGCUCGAAGAUGACGAAAGCCCCAUUCAGACUUCCAGCAAGACCGCCGAAGUACACUCAUCACCGGCAGCGGUGUCUACGGCUACUUGAAGUAUCCGGGCAUGCAUCUAGCAGAUCCAUGUGUUUUGGUCUUCACGCAGCGCUGCCCACACUACAAUGUACACUGCAGCAGAUCAUCGUACAAUUUCGCUUUUCCAAGUGCCUUCAUGCACGUAUUUGAAUCUGUACCAGAGAAAAAAGUAAGGUUCUAAGCAAACGGUCAACUCGCGGUUUAAACUAUCCCCAGGAAUGACCCCACCAAAGUCCAUUUCCACUUUUGAACCUGAGCAUACAGGGUUUUAAACUGAGCUAUGACUAAGCGAACCUGAGUUCGUGGCUGAGCAAAAUGAGCAUGCCUGAGUUCAGCCCUGAGCAGGUCGAGUAAACUUACCCUCCGAUGAAAAGCAGCCCAAGGCUGAUCUGCGCCACUUUAUCAUCCAUGCAAGGGUAGAGCCACGAGUGGCUGAUAGGUUCCAACGUCGUCUACGGGAUGUUUGGGACCCACUCUGGCUU